GAGGGAACAAAUGUCUCAGCAGUAAUCCCAUCUAGGGCACAAUGCCAAGUCUGAGUCAUCUGUGCCUCAAGGCUUGACUUCGAGACGUAUCGGUAUCUUGUGUAUCACCGAAUAGACUAGCGACAGGAGGAUGAACUUCAGCGCGCAUUCAUUGGUCUGAAUGAGAUGGAGGGUAAGCUGAGGGCGGUGCUGGGGCGAUGUCGACAUCGAGGGAACCGGUUGGCACCCAGCAAAUCGCUCGUAAUGUCUCACUAUGAUCAACCUCUUAGGGCAAACGUCAGCUGUCAAGAACACAGGGCAGUUACUGAUUGUCACUUAAGGCAACUAACAAGGAAUCAUAGACUCGAUACUGCAACUUUGUGGUUGUGUAUGACAUUAGGUGAAACAUGCAGAUUGUCAAAUCCACAAGAAUACACAUGUUACCUUCGCCUGACUUGGGCUGGCUGAGCGCCUACCAAGGUGCGUUGAUUGGGCAGUCAUCAUCAUCCUCCAAUGCCAAAAGACACCGUUCAA